AUGGCACAGGCGCAACCUGAAGAGAAGAUCCAUGAGAACCCAGAAAAGGACACCCAAGAAACAGGGAAUUCCACCUUCAAAUUCAAUGCCCAAGCGCCAGAAUUUGUCCCACGGUCGCAAGCCCAGAUGCCCAUUUCGGGUUAUUUCUAUCCCUGCUUCCAGAUUCUCGGUGGCUCUGGUGAUUCUGAUUGGUUCUUUGUUGGGGACCAGGAUCCUUCUUGUUUGAUCCCCACUGCCAGUGUUGCGCUACCCAAUUCCUCCAAGAAUAUUCUUACCCCUGAUCUUCAACAAAAGAUCGUCAAACAGGUGGAAUACCAGUUCAGUGACAUGAGUUUGUUAGCAAAUGAAUCUUUUCAGAAACAGAUAAAUAAAGAUCCUGAAGGAUAUGUUCCAAUAACAGUGAUUGCUUCUACUAAAAAGGUUAAAUCCCUCGUUGGUAACGUUCAUACGCUUACCCAAGCUAUCCGUUCAUCUUCAAAACUUGUUUUGAGCGCUGAUGGCAAGAAGGUUAAACGCAAACAUCCUUUCACUGAGAAAGAAAAAGAGGACUUGCAGUCUCGCACUGUUGUUGCAGAGAAUUUACCUGACGAUCAUUCCCAUCAGAAUCUUCAGAAAAUAUUUAGUACAGUUGGGAGCGUGAAAACAAUCAGAAUAUGCCAUCCUCAAGAGCCUAAUUCUUCUCGCCCAAAAUCUGAUUUCUUCGUCAGUAACAAGCUCCAUGCACUUGUGGAGUAUGAGACAUCAGAUAUAGCUGACAAAGCUGUUGAGAAGUUAAAUGAUGAAAGGAAUUGGAGGAAAGGGAUGCGAGUAAGGCUGCUCCUAAGAUGCUCGCCUAAAUCUGUUCUGAAGAGUAGAAAGUCUGAAUUUGAUGGAUAUCUAGACGAUGAUGAGGUUGUUAAUUCUGAAACUGCUGAGGAUUCAUCUCACUCAAACAAUGCUGAUUUGUUUGAUACAAAUGUUGAUGAAGGCUCAGUAGGAUCUAAGAAAGGAUGGGCUAGAGGACGUGGAAAGGGGAGAGGACGCACUCAAGGACGUGGCCUGCUUGCACCACCAUCUCAAUCAAGCAGCACUGUCCUGUGUGAUGCUCACACUAAACCCAACACCAAGGGCCCAAGAAUGCCAGAUGGGACAAGAGGCUUCACAAUGGGACGUGGAAAGCCAAUUAGUACUCCCGCUCUAGUCGCCUCAUUUCAUGAGUGA